AUGUGCUUUGUUUCUGAUAGAAAUAAGAGCAUUUGGAAUGCUACUGCAGUUGUUUAUCCCGAAUUCAGAUAUUACGCAUGCAUAUAUCAUCUAUGGACCAAUUUACUAAAGAAAACAUACAGAGAUACAGAAGAGGUUAGAACAUUAUUCUUCAGUUUAGCAAAAGCUUACACUGUUCAAGAGUUUGAUGAAUUGAUGAAAAUGAUGGAUCAAAUUAAUCCAAAAUACCGUGCUUAUCUACAAAAAGCAAACUAUGAGAAAUGGUCACGCGUACAUUCACCAGUAAAAAGGACUUGGACACUAACAAGUAACAUUGCAGAGUCACUAAAUAACACUAUUCUUGUUGGAAGAAGGUUACCAGUGGUACCAUUGUUGGAAUUUGUUAGAAAAACAAUUGAAGCUUGGAAUGAGAAACACAACGAAGAAGGUAGAAAUAUUACAACAACCUUGACAAGUAAAUACAAUGAAAUGUUGGAGGACAAUAGAAAUUUGUCUCAUCGUAUGCUUGUACGCGCAUCAACAAUACUCCCUCAUACCAUUACAGAUGGUGCAAAGAGGUUUACAUUAUACAGUUGA